AUGCAGUCUCCGUUCCUAACACCAAGUUUGCAGUCGCGACCUGACAGUCUCGCUCUCCUCCAACUGCGCCGAGACGAUAUCAUCCCAACGAUCCUACGAACCCACGACGACGAGCAGCUAGGAUACGAUGAAGGGAAAGUGACGAACACACGAUACGGCUCGUUUCCGCACAGCACGCUUUUGAAUCAGCCGUGGGGCUCGCAACUUGCCGCAUCGAAGGUCGACACGGGAUCCCGAGGUCGCAGACCAGCGAAGGGCCAAAAGCGUAAAGCUGACGAGCUGGAGGAAGGACAGCUAUCUCCUAAGGCACCAGUCCAGGCUUCCAGCGGUUUUCUUCACCUUAUUUGCCCUACGCCCGAAUCGUGGACCGCAUCCCUCCCACACCGGACGCAGGUCGUGUAUGCGCCCGACUACAGUUAUAUACUAGAGAGAUUGCGUGUACGGCCUGGAAGUACCAUCAUUGAAGCCGGAUCAGGAAGUGGUUCGUUCACGCAUGCCGCUGCUCGAGCAGUAUUCAAUGGCUAUCCUGCAUACGAACCGGCUACCAAACGACGGAGACUAGGAAAGGUGUGCAGCUUCGAAUUUCACCAGCAACGCGCGGGAAAGGUUACAGAAGAAAUCAAACAGCAUGGACUUGAUGGUAUUGUGCAGGUGACCCACCGCGAUGUAUACAAUGAUGGCUUUCUCUUGGGCGACCCAACAACGGGGGCUUCACCCAAAGCGAAUGCGGUCUUCCUUGACCUUCCUGCACCCUGGCUAGCUCUGAAACACCUUGUACGCAAGCCGUCUUCUGGAUCCGAGUCACCUCUUGACCCCUUAUCUCCCAUACACAUCUGUACAUUCUCCCCAUGUCUCGAGCAAGUGCAACGAACCAUAAGCGCCAUGCGCCAACUAGGCUGGCUCAUGAUAUCAAUGGUUGAAGUGCAACACCGUCGCAUUGAAGUGAAACGGGAGAUAACAGGUCUGGACGCCGAAGGUAUACGUGGGGCGGUCAUAUUUCCCAAAUCUGUCGAUGAAGCAAUCACCAAAGCCCGUGUUGUAGAAGAACGCGCGAGAGCUUUUCAUGACCGAUUCCGAGACGAGAAUUACAAGAAGUCCGCGCCGAUAGCUAAAGAACAAGAGGAGCAAGAAGAUAAGGAGAAGGGAACGACGGAUAAAAACCCCCAGCAAGACAAUGAUACAGAGACCCCUGCCGAUGCUGCUCUCGCGAAAUCAAGGCCUUCUCCGCAAAACCCCAACCCCAAGCCCAACCGAAAGAAUACAACCCCGCCCCACAAACUUGGUCGCCUAGUCCACCGUUCCGAGUUGGACCUAAAGACACACACAUCAUAUCUUGUUUUCGCGGUCCUACCCCGCGACUGGUCUGAGGAGGAUGAGCUGAAGUGUCAACAGGCCUGGCCAUCAAAUUCCACGGAAACUGCUUCCCAGAAUGCGAAGCCGAAGAGCAAGACACAAAUGAAACGUGAGGCGAAGGCGCAACGGGACAAGAACAAGCAACCGGAGAAGGAAGAAAAGAGCGCUCCCGAACAAACCGGGAUUGAUGAGGCAUGA